UGAUCUUCGUCUUAGUUGUGCCCUUGACCAAAUCAUGGCUUCUCUCCUUCCACCAUCCUCUACCGCCACCACUGGCACUUCCACCAUCUCUGUUACCACUUCUUUUCUUCCAAGAACAUCUCAACUUUGCAUAGCUGGGAAGCGAAGGACAAACUUCGUCUCCCGAGCAGUGUCAUGCAAAGCCACAAACGGUGACCAAAACCCCAGUCCUAACACUAAAAAGGUUGAGGAAUCUUCUCUAAACAAGUUUGAUAGGAGAGAUGUUCUCAUUGGCCUUGGAGGUCUGUACGGUGCAGCCAGCCUUAAUGGCCCGUCUGCAUUUGCGGCACCGGUUGGUCCUCCGGACUUCACCAAAUGUGGCAAAGCAGACCUGCCUGCUGGCGCCAAACCCGUCAAUUGUUGCCCACCACCUUCGACAAAAAUCCUGGAUUUUAAGCUCCCUCCUUCAAAUUCCCCACCACGCAUUAGGCCUGCAGCUCAUUUAGUUGAUAAAGAGUACUUAGCUAAAUUUUCCAGGGCCCUUGAGCUCAUGAAAGCUCUUCCUGAAGAUGAUCCACGUAGCUUCACACAACAAGCAAACGUUCACUGUGCCUACUGUGAUGGGGCUUAUCACCAAAUUGGGUUUCCAGAUCUUGAUCUUCAAGUUCAUAACUCAUGGCUUUUCUUUCCAUUCCAUAGAUAUUAUCUUUAUUUCUUUGAGAAGAUCUUGGGCAAGUUGAUUGAUGACCCAACUUUUGCAAUGCCGUUUUGGAACUGGGAUUCUCCUGCUGGCAUGCAAAUGCCUGCCAUUUAUGCAAACCCUAACUCUCCUCUCUAUGAUAAAAAUCGCAAUGUCAAUCACCAACCACCUACACUCCUUGAUCUUGAUUUCAAUGGCACCGAAGAAUCGUCAUCAACUAGGGACCAGAUAUCAAGCAAUCUUAACGUCAUGUACAGGCAAAUGGUGUCCAACGGUAAGACCGCCAAGCUUUUCUUAGGAAAUGCUUAUCGUGCUGGCGAUGAACCGGACCCUGGAGCUGGUUCACUUGAGAACAUUCCUCACGGACCAAUCCACAUAUGGUGCGGCGACACCAGACAACCAAACUUGGAAGACAUGGGGAAUUUCUAUUCCGCUGGAAGAGACCCCAUUUUCUAUGCUCAUCACUCGAAUGUGGACCGGAUGUGGUCGGUUUGGAAGACAUUGGGAGGGAAGCGAACCGACUUCACUGACUCAGAUUGGCUCGAUUCCGGAUUUCUUUUCUAUGACGAGAAUGCAAAUCUCGUUCGUGUUAAGGUCAGUGAUUGCCUUGACACUAGAAAGAUGGGGUACGAUUAUCAAAAAGUUGACAUUCCAUGGUUAGGCACUAAACCAACUCCUAGAAGGAUUGCCAGUAAAGUGGCAAGGGCUCUUGGUGUUGCUCAUGCAGCAGAGACAAAGAAAAAGGUUCUAAGUGACGUUCGAUUUCCUCUGGUUCUAAACAACGUAGUGAGCUUUGAGGUUGCAAGGCCAAAGAAAUCAAGGAGCAAAAAAGAAAAAGAAGAAGAAGAGGAAGUGUUGGUGAUAGAGAACAUCGAGUUUGACAGAGACAAGUUGGUGAAAUUCGAUGUAUACAUUAACGACGAGGAUGACACGACGAUUGGACCCGACAACACAGAGUUUGCAGGGAGCUUCAUCAACGUGCCACACAAACAUAGGCAUGGAAACAAAAUGACAACAUGUUUGAGGUUGGGGUUGACAGAUUUGUUGGAGGACCUGGAUGCUGAGGAUGAUGAUGGCGUGGUGGUGACCUUGGUGCCCAAAUCUGGCAAGGGUCUUGCUAAGAUUGGUGGCGUCAAGAUUGAGUUCGCCCGAGAUUGAUCAAUUAUAGCUUGAUGUUUCCGCCAGGAUUUGUCAUGUUUUAUUUGAAAGUGGAAAUUGAACAUUUGUUCCUGCUUCUUAGUUUGUUUGCACAAUGGCUGUAGCCAAAAAAGGUUGGCGCUUCUUUUCUUGUGAUUUGUCAGUGUAGAAUUUAAUAAGCGCACUUUUUUUCUUCUUUUA